AUGAGCAGCGGAAAAAUGCUGCGCUUGAGGUUUGACAUCCGACUGGAGAAUACUGUGAAGAAUCUAACUUAUGCAGGCUCUGUAGAGUUUGGUUCUAUUGGAGGCUUGGAUGCAACGAUGCUCGUUAAGGCUAUUAAUCCAUACUCUAUGAACAUCCUAAUGGCUAGCUACGACAAAGAAGCGGGCGCAUCUCUAUACUACAUUGACUACAUCGCAACUCUUCACAAUGUAGACAAGGGAGUUUUUAGUUACGGCUCGUACUUCUCUCUCGCAACAAUGGACAUACACUACCGCAGCGACAUGUCCGUUGAAGAAGCCAUUGAAUUGGUAGACAAAUGCAUACUUGAGAUCAGGUCGAGACUUGUCGUUGCACCACCAACGGAGCUCGCAAGUACGCUUGGCGUAUGUCUGUACAAGACGUGACUACUGCUUCUACGUGAGUCGUUAAGGAAGGCGGUCUUUGGUCUUAAGCAUGUGUGAGUUAGUACAGAACUACGGAUUAUCAAUUUUGGUUUUGUUUAGCUUGAUUUGUUUAGUUUUCUCUUUUCCAUUAUAAACUCAAUUCCUCUUUUAUGUUUUAUUCAAAAUAUAAACUUUAGUCACAAUUUUCUUUUUUUUAAAAACCCCUGAUGGGAUUAUGCCAUUGGAAGAGAGAAAACACAAAUAUCUUAAUUAAGUCUCUUAGUAUGAAUUUUAUUAUUAAAUAUUAAGUAAGAAU